GAGCUCCCAAGAGCGAUCGAAGAAUCGCAAAUUGCAAUCGUCGUUCUCUCACCAGACUAUGCUUCUUCCAAAUGGUGCUUGAAGGAACUUACAACCAUCCUUAAGCGCAUGGAAGCCAGGAACUCUAUUCUACCGGUCUUUUAUGAGACAGAUCCAUCUGACGUUGGAAAUCAGAAGGGGUCUUUUGCCAAAGCCUUCGAUGAGCAUGAAGAAAAGUUCAUUAGUACCGAAGACAAGAUGAAGGUGACCCAGUGGAGAGAGGCUCUGAAAAAAGUAUCCAAAAUUUCUGGGUGGCAUUCUAAGGAAUCUAAGAGUGAAAGUGAGAUUAUACAACAACUCGUCAAAAGUGUGUGGAAGAAAGUGCAAGCUACAUUCCCGUUGUUAGAUCCCUCACAGGAAUUAGUUGGGGUUAAUUUUGGGCUUGAGCAACUAAGUUCGUUGUUAGCUCAUGAUGUCAAUGAUGUUCGCUUUAUAGGGAUAACGGGGAUGGGUGGCAUAGGUAAGACCACCCUUGCUAAGCUUGUGUAUGAUAGAAUCUUUCAUCAUUUUGAAGUUCCCUGCUUUCUUGGCAACAUUAGAGAGGUUUCUAACGUUGAUCUUCAAAAAAGACUUUUGCACCCUAUGUUGAAGGAAAAGAUUGAAGAAAUUUGGGAUGAAGAGCGCGGAAUCAUUUUCAUUAAAAAGUGCUUACGCAACAAAAAGGUUCUUCUUGUACUCGAUGAUGUGGAUCACAUAAACCAGCUACAAGUACUAGCUGGAAAGGAAGAUUGGUUUGGCAUGGAAAGUCGAAUUAUCAUUACAACUAGAAAUGAACGUCUGCUAGUCCAGCAUGACGUAACAUUAUGUCAUAAUGUCAAAGUGUUGGAUGAAGGCGCAGCUCUUGAACUGUUUAGCCUACAUGCCUUUAAGAAAAAUCUGCCUGAGGAUGGGUUUUGGGAACUAUCAACAUAUUUCAUGAAUUAUGCUGGAGGCCUUCCAUUAGCUCUUGAAACUUUGGGGUCGGCAUUGUUUAAGAGAAGGCUAGACACUUGGAAUAGUGUGUGGGAUAAUCUGUCAAAAAUUCCUAAUCCAACAAUUUUUUAUAAACUUAAAAUAAGUUAUGAUGGACUAGAAGAGUGGGAGAAGAGAAUUUUUCUCGAUGUUGCAUGUUUUCACAAAGGGAAGUACACAAAGCGAGUAAUUGAAAUGCUAGAUGAUUCUUUUGGAUUAUCUAGUAGUAUUAUGAUAGAUGUACUAAUUGAGAGAUCUCUCAUCUAUCAAGAUCAUGAAAAAUGCAUAUGGAUGCAUGAUUUGAUUCAAGAAAUGGCAUGGACAGUUAUUGCUCACGAGUCUAAAGAGCCUGGUCAACGCAGUAGGUUGUGGCUUUACAAUGAUAUUUAUCAUGUAUUCACGACGAAUACGGUAAGAAGUCCCAAAUUUCUUCCAUGUUCCUUGAGAAUUAUAAAUUGGAGUUGGUAUCCUUCUAAUUUUCUUCCAACUAGCUUUCGCCCGCACUUGCUUGCUCAACUAAAGAUGUGUAAUAGCAAUCUUGUUCGUGUUUGGGAGGGAAAAGUGGACUUGCCCAACUUGAAAUAUAUCGAUCUUAGCUACUCCAAUAAAUUGAAGAGUACCCCAGAUUUCAAUGGUAUUCCAAAUCUUGAGGAGUUGAUUCUUUGGAAUUGUAAGAAUUUAGUUGAGAUUCACCCGUCUAUUGCAGUUCUCAAAAGGCUUAAACAUUUGCUUCUUAAUGGCUGUGAAAGCAUUAAUAGCCUCCCAAGUGAGGUUGAAAUGGAUUCUCUUGAGACUUUCGAUCUUGAUGGCUGCUCAAAUGUGAAAAAGAUUCCAGAAUUUGGGGAGCAGAUGAAGAAUGUAUUGCGGAUUCACUUAGAUGGGACUACGAUCGAGAAACAAAUGAACAUCUGUGCGAGUGGAUGCUUAAAGAUUGACAAACUCCCAGGAGACAUGGAUCACUUAGAGGCGUUUUGCUGGGGACCCACUAUGACAGAGCCGCUUGUGAGCAUGAAAAAUCUCAAACGUCUAGUAUUUAAGACAAAUUUUGACAUAGCCACUUGUGGAUCGGAUGAGUUAUCUCUAGCGAAUUGUAAUCUUCGGGAGGGGGAUAUCCCCGAUGAUAUUGGCUGCUUGUCCUUACUGGGAGUAUUGUAUCUUAGUAGAAAUAAUUUCAUCAGUCUACCUCAAAGCUUUAGACACCUUUCUAAAGUUUUCAGUCUUGAUCUGGAGGGGUGGAAAAGCCUUCAAAAAUUGCCACCUCUUCCAUCAAACAGAGGAUUAAGAGUAAAUCUGGACAAUUGCACUUCCUUACAAAGGUUGUCAGGUCCAUCCAGUUUUUAUGGUGAUUAUGUCACUUGCCGGAAUUGCAUUGCAUUGGUUCAAGAUGAAGACUUGAUUAAUAAGAUUCCAAAAUUUGUCAUUCAGCAAGUGGGUACCUUGGAAACUCGCGACGCCAUUAGCGUUAACAUGUACACUAGGGGUUGA